GCACCCGCGCGUUUUCCAACACUUCCGCGAUAGACGCCAUGUAUGUAUAUGCCUGUGUUUGUGUGUGCGGUAGGAAAAUUUAAGUCGCCGAAUAUUAACAAGGAAUCCCACCGAGAAACCGCGUAUUGAGAGCCCAAGGAAGAAAACAUACCCAACAUGGCCCUACAGACGUACGGGGACAAACCAGUGGCUUUCCAGCUGGAGGAGGGCGGCGAGUACUACUACGUGGGCUCAGAAGUGGGCAACUACAUGCGCCACUUCCGAGGUAUUCUGUACAAGAAGUACCCGGGCAUGACCCGCAUCGUCCUGUCCAACGAGGAGCGGAAGCGGCUGGCAGAGUCUGGCCUCAGUUCCCACAUCCUAGCCAGCUCUGUCUCGCUGCUCCGCGCUGUGGAGGUGGACGAUAUCAUGGCCGGCAACGAUGAAAAGUAUCGCGCUGUCUCCGUGAACACGUCCGAUACGCCUGUGCCACGUGAGAGCAAGUCGAAGAAGCAGCCGCAGUAUGUGCCAACGAUGCCCAACUCCAGCCACCUGGACGCAGUGCCGCAGGCCACGCCCAUCAACCGAAACCGAGUGCACACGAAGAAGGUUCGCACAUUCCCGAUGUGUUUCGACGACACGGAUCCCACAGCCAGCCUGGAGAAUGCGGCGCAGAAGGAAUGCCUGGUGCCCAUUCGACUAGACAUGGAGUUGGAGGGUCAAAAGCUGCGCGACACUUUCACAUGGAACAAGAACGAGAGCAUGAUUACUCCGGAGCAGUUCGCUGAGGUUUUGUGCGACGACUUGGACCUCAAUCCCCUGCCCUUUGUGCCGGCUAUUGCACAGGCCAUUCGACAGCAGAUCGAGGCCUUUCCCAACGAUCCCCCUAUCCUCGAGGAAAGCUGCGACCAGCGGGUGAUUGUCAAGCUGAACAUUCACGUGGGCAACACCUCGCUCGUCGACCAGGUGGAGUGGGACAUGUCCGAGAAGAACAACAACCCAGAGGAGUUUGCCAUAAAACUCUGUGCGGAACUGGGAUUGGGAGGAGAGUUUGUCACAGCCAUUGCCUACAGCAUUAGGGGUCAGCUAUCCUGGCACUGUCGAACAUACGCCUUCAGUGAGGCCCCUCUCUCGACGAUUGAUGUGCCCUUCCGGAACCCCAGUGACGCUGACGCGUGGGCCCCAUUUUUAGAGACGCUUACCGACGCCGAAAUGGAGAAGAAAAUCCGCGACCAGGACCGCAACACCCGCAGAAUGCGUCGACUGGCCAAUACAACAACUGGUUGGUGAUCUUCCGCUGAUCCAGCAACAUGUCACUAAAGUAAUCCUCCUAUUAAGUACCAUUAUAAAUCUUGAAUAAAUGUGUGUCUGCCGAUUUUAAAA